UAUUUUUCCUCUCGCGCUGGGCACGAAGGAGGAAGCGGAAGCAGGAAUGCGAGACUCGAGCCGAGACGACGGAGGAGGAGGACGAGUCGACUCUUGACAAAUCUUCGCCACCCUUGACACUUUUCUCACUCGCAGCCGACGGACGCGAGGCCAACAAUGAAGAAGGUGAGCGCCGCGACUCCACGCCGGCUGACAACUUGGACAAACAUUUCACCCCAAAAAGUCCACUAGUAGCUGUGGAUGUUGCCGUCGCAACCAUGGAGAGUACUGCCAUCCUCUUGGACCCGGUCCCGCCUCCAGAUGGCAGCGCCGCUCCUAAAUGCACCCUGGCGUCCGUAAGAAGGCGGGCCUGGGCCAAGAGUCGGGAGUCCACUUGGCAGGAUACGCAAAAAGCCCAGACGUCUGAACCCCAGCAGAAAUCCUCGCACGAAGCCCUGCCAGACUGCAGUGAGUCCAACGGAGCUCCGAAGAAGACCUCUGAAGAACCAGGACCCAACAAGAUCACCUGCUGGCUUGACCAAUGCAGGACGCCGCUGGCUGUGUCGCUAGACGAUCAGAGCGCACCUGCGUGCAAAGGGCCGGCCAAGAACGGCUGCAGCUUUGAAGAUGACCUUUCGCUGGGAGCUGAAGCCGACCAUCUUCAGUCCAUCGACAAGAAGACGGGAUCCCGUGGCAGUCUGGCCGCCGAUCAGAAGAGGGGUCAGUACAAAGAAAAAGGCCGAAGUAUGAAUUCCACCGGAUCCGGAAAGAGCAGCACCGUGUCCAGCGUGUCGGAGCUGCUGGACCUGUACGAGGAAGACCCGGAGGAGAUCCUGCUGAAUUUGGGUUUCGGGAGGGACGAGCCCGACAUGUCCUCCAAGAUCCCCUCGCGCUUCUUCAACAGCUCGUCGGCGGCGCGGGGCAUCGACAUCAAGGUGUACCUGGGAGCGCAACUUCAGCGGAUGGAGCUGGAGAACCCCAACUACGCUCUGACAAGUCGCUUCCGUCAGAUCGAGGUCUUGACCACGGUGGCCAAUCAGUUCAUCCAGCUUUACGGCCACGUGUCGGGCCAGCCCGUCCAGAACGUCGGCAGCGGCGGCAGCAGAGAUCAAGCAGGAGGCGAGGUCGUCAAGGACCCCGGGGCGCCCUCGCUUUUCCAGAGGAAGAAAUCAGCUCAGAAUGUGGCCGACCGUCUGAAGAAGAGCCUGAGCAAGCACAACCUGCUGACGGCGUCGCCGGCCCGGACGGCCGACGGGGCGCCGCCCGCCCCCGCCGAAGGGCGAGACGACGAGGACGCGCGGCCCGCCGACAAGCACGUCCGCAAGAAGGACAGCUGCUCGCUGGCCACCGUCGCCGAGGAAGGCGAGAAGGAGCAACGCGCGCACCCCCGGCAAAACGGCGGCGGCGGCGAGCCCGAGUCGGCUGAGCCCGCAGCGGCCAGUCAGAGCGCAGAUGAGCUGCGGGCCCCCGAGAAGGCGGCGGCGCCGACCCUGCUAGCUCAGCUGCGCACGGAGAACGCCGACUCUUUUGACAUGGAGGAGAUUCAGAGUAUCGAAGGCGAAGCUCUCCUGUCCAGAACGUCCAGAAGCUCGGACCUGCUGCGGACGACGAGCCAGCAAUCGGACAGCAGCGGCUUCGCCGAGGAGACCUCCUCGCUGGACGCCGCCGGCAACCUCAAGGUUCAGGAGAGCAGCGACAGCUGUGACAGCGAAACCACGGUGACAUCACACCCCUCGCAGGACGUGACCACGCCCGUGGCUCUGAACCAGCCGGCGUUCGACUUGCCCGACGUGCAGGCCGAGGAGUCGCCGCCACCCGCUCCCUGGGUCGGGGCGGCGAGCCGAGAAGCCGAGAGUUCCCGGAAGCGGGAAGACGAUGGAAAAGAUCAUGAAGAGUCCGAGCCGGUGCCGCAGUACAAGGCCCACCAGCUCCCCAAGAACCUUGCGGCGGGAGAUGACGGCCCAGAACCUCAGCAAGAUCCCGAACAAGAAGAUGCCCGAGUUUCUCAAGAUGACGCCCAGAAGGAGCCGCCGCCCUCAGAGCCGCCGCCCGCAAACUCGGGUUCGCUUUCCUCGGGUCCCACGCCGUCAGCUCACGCCUCAGGUCUUCAAGCCGCGGCACCCCGGGCUCCCCCUUUCCAUCUCCCCGCCUCGGACUCCCCCGUCCUGAGCGCGCUGAGUCGCGUUAAGCAGCGUUUGGGUGAGGUGGGCCCGCGCUCGAGCCGAAGGUGUCCUCGUAGCGGUCUUCCCUUGCAGAGGUCCUCUUCCCUCCCAUCCUCGCUGCAGUCCCCCACCAAGGUGGUCUCGUCCGUCAAGGUCCAGUUGGGGCCGGACCGGGCCUUUUGCAGUCAGCCCCGCUACGCCUUCCGCUACGUCCAGGAGCCCGACGACGAGCCGGAGCGCGCCGACUCGCCCACCUGCAUUUCCACCCUGGUGAUCCAGAACGCCGCCGCGUCCGACGACGGAGCCGCCGCCGCCGCGUCGCGUCCCCUCAAUCGCUCGUCCCGUUCGCUGAGAUAUGCCAGCCCCCCCACCGAGGUGCCCUGGAUCAGCCAGAGCGUCCCGGAUCUUUCGUCCGCUCGGGAGCCGCUCGGACACCAUCGGCAGGGCGGGACCCCGUUCCCGGGACAAGAUAUCUUCCUCUCCCCGAACCCGAGCCCCAGACCGCAGACCCCUUUAUCCGCCCCCGCCUUCAACCCGUCCCUGCUGUACGCCACGUCUCCGCAUCCCUACGCCAGCCUCCCCAACCUCCUCCAGCCUUAUCCCAACCACUUCACCUUCACCCCGCCUCCUUUGGCGACGCCGCCCCACUACGCCAGUCUGUGGAACGUCCCUUUGGGAACUCCCCCCAUGCACCAGUACCACGGCGGCAACUACCCUACGGCGCACCCUUUCGUGGCCCCGCCUUACCCGGGUUACCACGGUUAUGACCCCAGCCCCUUCCCCACGUUGGCUCCGGACCCCGCGGCGCAUUGGGGUGGCGGACUCCCGGGUCAAGGCCAGGGUCCCGGCCCCCACCACGGUAUCGGGAAUAGCUCUCAGCCGGAUCAUAAUGUGGGUCAGAGCCCCCACCCGGGUCCCUGGCCGGGUUUCGGCCUGGGUCACGGCCCCUACCCCUACCCCGGCGCCGGCAACGGCCCUCAUCUGGGUCACGGUCUCGGUCACAGCCCCUACCUGGGCGUCGGCCCGGGAACCUACCCGGGUCCGGGCCCGGGUCUCGGUCCCGGUAACGGCCUGCACUUGGGUUCGAGUCCGGGUUCCGGUCAGGUGUUGUCUGGGACGGAGAUGCAGCUGAGGAGGGUCCUUCAUGACAUCAGGGGGACCGUUCACAAUCUCAACCAGCAGCGCGUCAACGCCUCGGACGUGCGUCCCGAAGCCCCCCGCCGACAGGACCUGGACGAGCUCCGGCAGAAACGACGCAGCCUGGCCGCCUUCCGGACGCAGAUGCUCCAACUGGAGCUGUCGCUCGUCCGCCAGCAGGCGCUCGUCUUCAAACAUCUGAGUCCCGCCGACAGGCUCGAGGUGGAGCAGCUGGAGUCUCUGCGGUCGGCCGUCAGAGACGAACUGCUGGCGUUGGAACAACAGCUGGAGGACAAACUGAUGGAGCUGACGCAAGACGCGGGGCCGCCCAAGGGUGCCGGCACGGACGAGGCAUCGGCCAGCUCGGCGCUGCGAGCCGUGGAGCCGGUGUCGGACCUCCUGAGGGAGCAGUUCCUCCUGCAGUCGGAGCUGAGUGACGACCGGCACGCCGCCUCCUCGCUGCCCCCCCUCGGCCCGGGGCCGGGCGCGGGCGGGCACCCGCGCGGGCCCGCUGUGUACCGGGCGUCCAUCAACAUCACCCCGGUGCCACCCGCUCGCCCCGACAGGAGGCGGGACGAGGAGGGCGAAGAGGAGGCGCUGGGGGCGGGACGAGGCGACGGCGACGCCCUGCACCAGCUCAUCGCGGAGGUCGGUGAGAGCGUGACGCAGGAAGCCAUCUUAAAGGAGCCGUCGGCACCCAACGAGGCGCCCCGCCUGUAGUCCGGCCGGCGCGUCUGCAACCCCGCGGGAGAGCAACACUGAAUGUCGACUACACUGUGCACCGCCCACCAGCCGAUGGCAAAACCAGCACCGAGCGACCAGCGAGCACUUUCACCUUUCGUUUGGUUUGCUUCAGCCUUGAACGCCCGCCAACACUAACGCCCCAAGCGCGAGCGGUCUUGACGUCAGCGGGAAGCAUACCUGCUCGUCGCACCGGCGCCGGCCGGGACCACCGUCGGUCAACGUGACCCGAGCCUGUCAUUAUUGGGAUCGAAAAGUAAGACCGGGAGCAGCUUGCUGGACCUGCAAGUAGUGAGCCGGUCAUCAGGACCGGUACCAACACAAUGAAAUCAAAUCCACUGACCGGGACCUCUUCUGUGCAGCAGCGAGUAGGGCCGGCUCCAGUCAACAGGGGGGGCAAGUCAGACCCGGACCGCUCAACGAGACUCGUAUCAGAAAAUCAGAUCAGUAAACACAACCAAGCCCUCUAAGAAGAAACAAUUUGCCAAGGCACCGGGACUGGACUCGGUCAGCAAGAUCGGUACCUGAAAGUGGGAGUAGUGGACCCGGUCGCCAGGACCAGAAUCGGAACCAGCAAACGCAUCUUCAGAAAAUUGGACGAGGAACCGUAGAAGCCGGGACCGCUCGGACCUUGGCCCAUCAAAGACCAUAGACCAGCACUCUAACAGCACUCUGUUUUUUUUUUUGUCUUGUUUUUCGUGGGAAAGAUGGUGUGCGUGAGUAGUGAGAGAGCAAAUGUGUGUAUGCACUAAAUGGACGUUUCCAUCAAUACACUCCAGCAUCGUCGCCGUGACGCUUGAAAGGAGUUUGCGCGCACCGCCGUCAGCCGCGAGCGUCCUUUCAGCUGUACUGUGGGUGGUGUUUAAACACGACCGGUGAGAAAAGCUCUUCGUUGUUUGCUAACAUGCUUGCCAACGAGCUAGUGAUAAGUUUGUGGCUAGGCAGCUACCGCUAAACAAAAAUGAACGUUCUUUGCCAUGUUGCUAAUCUAUUGGCGUUGAUGAUUUGUACUGUUGAAAUGACAUGCUACAUGUUAGCUGUUAGCCACCUGAGCUGAGGAGAUGUUGAGCAAAUCUUUUGUUGACUAGCAACAUGUCAAGGCUUGGCAAAUUGAGCUCGCAUGCUAACCGAGCAGCUAAGGAAGCCAUUUAUUGAUGGCUCGGAUGUUUUUUUUAUCAUCAGUUAGAAGAUACAGUUGAGAGGGGGAAAAAAAAGGGAUGUUCGCCAGUUCGCUAAUCUAUUAGCAUCAUCUGGUUUGUGCCACAUUUCUGAGCUAUCUCACCGUUAUCCGGCUAGUUUAUCGACACUAUGUUUAUAGCUACGUGGCAGCUGCGGCUAAAAUAUCAACGGACACGUUUGUUAUUGGUGGAAAAAUCUUGAAGUCCAGAUCAGGCUAAAAGGGUUGUUGCGCGGCCGGUGUGCGUAUGUUGUCAAAUGAGGCGAGCACUAAGACGUGAGCAUUGUUCAAGGUGAAGGAAUGUGUGAAAUAACCAACGUUUAAACUUCACUCCGUGUCCGUCCACGAUCGUAAUUCAUUAGCAAUAUUUUGGGGGGGGAGGGGGGCGGGGGGUUGACUGUGUGAAUCUUUCUCUUAAUAAUUUGGUGGGUUUUGCUUUGAAACAAAGCAUGCACGCGCGCGUCUUUGUGUGUGCCUUUGGUCAAUGCGGGAACGCCUCACUGGCUAGAAAUAAUAAAGAAAGAUGUAUUUAUUUUCA